GAAAACAUGAAAAUGCAGAAAAAUGACAAAAAAUCGGGUGUGUGCCAUCUUUGAACAUCUUUAUGAUGACGUUUUCUCUCUUGUGGACUGGCUCCACCAAUUCAGGAAUGAGAGGAAAUUCCAUGGUGAAGUGCUUUUGGAGUCGGAUUCGCCGAGUUACAGGAACUUGUUGGAAACCACUAUCAUUGGAGUUACUUCCCCUGCUAAACCACUACCAGCGGGAAUCACCUUCUCACAAGAUAGUCAUCAACGGGAAAUUGUUCUCAGAGUCAUUGAGAGGCUGUACAAUCGAAAAGGAGCAGGCAAAAACAUCUUGACUCUGGGCUUCGGACCAGUGAGUUAAUUAAAAACAUUUCUUGGUGAAUCUCGAUUCAUAAAACAACAGAUAUAAAUAGUUCUUUUCAGUAAAAUGUCUUGAAUUUGCUUUUUAAAUAAAGCUUUCACAUCCAUUGCUGAAGAUUACCCCUCUUGAGAAAAUACUAAAUUAAUGUCAUUCAGAUAAA